CCUCAGGGGUUCCAGAUGACCGCAAAUUCAGGAAGGGGGCGUCUCAGAGCUGGCUCCACCUGCACCCGAGGAACCUGGGUGCGGGGCGGAGGCGGGAGUGGGGGCGGCGGUGCUAUAAGAGGGCCGCCCUGCGCAGGGCUAGACAGGCUUGGCUCCCAACCUCCUCUGGAGCCCAGAUCAGAUCAGAUCAGAUCCACCGGCAGCCCCAGCACAGGAGGCCCUUCCUCUGUGGCAGCCACAGAGGCUCAGACAGGACACAUGGCAGGUCCCCGGCUCCAGCCCCUGCUGCUCCUACUGCUGUCCUUCGCCCUGGGAUCUGCUAGACAAGCAGAAAAGAAUACGGCGGACCGGAUUAUCGAUGGAGUUCCAUGUCCAAGAGGCUCCCACCCCUAUCAGGUGGCCCUGCUCAAAGGCAAUCAGCUGCACUGUGGGGGCGUCCUGGUGAACGAGGAGUGGGUGGUCACCGCCGCCCACUGCCAGAUGAGCGACUACAACGUGUACAUGGGCAGUUUUCGGCUCAACAGCAGGAAAGGCCAGAAGAUCAAGGCCACGGAGUCCUUCGUCCACCCCCAAUACUCCACACAGACCCACGAGAAUGACAUCAUGCUGGUGAAGCUGAGCGACUCCGCCAAGCUGACGUCAGCCGUGAGGAAAGUCAACCUGCCCACCCAGUGCGAUCCGGCCGGGACCCCGUGCACCGUUUCCGGCUGGGGCACCAUGACCAGCCCCGACGUGACCUUCCCGUCGGAGCUCAUGUGCACGAACAUCAGGCUCAUCACCCCCCAGAACUGCAAGAGGAUUUACAAGGACCUGCUGGGAAAAUCCAUGGUGUGUGCCGGCGAACCCAACUCGAAGACCAACGCCUGCAAUGUGAGGACCCCCCCCCUCCCCACUCCCUCCGUGGCCCUGCUUCCUCCCAGCCCAGAGUCUGGGGGCCCCACCCCGGUGCCCAACCACCUCUAG